UGUCGUUUCCACGUCCGGUGUUUUGGAGGCAGAAAGCAGCGAAGAAUGGAGGAGGCUAGCUGGCCGUUAGCACCAGGCACCACCGAGAAGUAGCACGGAGUGCGGCCUUAUUCGUGUCCGUUUGCGGUGAGGUGUGGACGGGUGGUGCGUGGAUUCGUCCCAGCGAAGGUCAGCCUGUUGUGUUUGCCUGCCACCGUCCUGCAGUAAAUUUAGAAGCCAGUGGUCAGCAGGGCGGAGAGCAUAAGAGGAGUCAGCGUGAGAACGGGGAGGCCCCACCAUCUUUUGAUCCAUGAGAGUGCCACUUAGGGGCAGCCGAUAACCAGGGCUGUGGCUGUGGUGGGCCCAGCCCAGGAGGCUUUUCUUUUCUUUUUAACAUCACUGCAGGCACCUGCUGAUCUAUGCUGUUCACACCAUGGAUCAGCAGCGAGAUAAAUAUGGUGAGCGGCCCACCAGGAGCACUAAAGUGUCCCAGGGAAGCCGCAGUGGGCACUCGUCUCGACCCUCUGGAUCUUCAAGCUCCUCUGGAGUUCUCAUGGUGGGCCCAAAUUUUCGUGUGGGCAAGAAAAUUGGCUGUGGCAACUUUGGAGAAUUGAAACUUGGAAAGAAUCUCUACACCAAUGAAUAUGUAGCUAUUAAACUGGAACCAGUGAAAUCGAGAGCACCACAGCUACAUUUAGAGUAUCGUUUCUACAAAACAUUGGGAUCUACAGCAGAAGGUGUGCCCCAGGUGUUUUACUUUGGACCUUGCGGGAAGUACAAUGCCAUGGUUCUGGAGCUGCUGGGCCCAAGUCUGGAGGAUCUCUUUGACCUCUGUGACAGGACCUUUUCACUGAAGACAGUCUUAAUGAUAGCAAUUCAGUUGAUUUCUCGAAUGGAAUACGUGCACUCUAAAAACCUAAUUUAUAGAGAUGUAAAACCUGAAAACUUUCUUAUUGGAAGGCAAGAGAAUAAAAAGGAACACAUUAUCCACAUCAUUGACUUUGGCCUGGCCAAGGAAUACAUUGAUCCUGAGACCAAAAAGCACAUUCCAUACCGGGAACACAAGAGUUUGACUGGGACUGCGCGAUAUAUGUCCAUAAACACACAUCUGGGCAAAGAGCAAAGCCGACGAGAUGACCUUGAGGCUUUGGGACACAUGUUCAUGUAUUUUCUUCGUGGAAGUCUACCUUGGCAAGGCUUAAAGGCUGACACGUUAAAAGAACGAUACCAGAAGAUUGGAGACACAAAAAGAAACACCCCCAUUGAGGUCCUCUGUGAGAAUUUCCCAGAGGAAAUGGCCACUUACCUGCGAUACGUGAGGCGCUUGGACUUUUUUGAAAAGCCUGACUACGGAUAUUUGAGAACCUUGUUUACUGAACUGUUUGAGCGAAAAGGAUAUACUUUUGACUACACGUACGACUGGGUGGGACGACAAAUACCCACACCAGUGGGUUCUGUCCACAUCGACUCUGGGGCAUCUGCUGUCACAAGAGAGAGCCAUCUUCACAGGGACCGGCCAUCACAGCACCCGCCAAUAAGGAAUCAGACGGCAGCCUCUGACCGACGAGGAGCAUGGGAGGUGCAGCCCACUCGCCAGCCAAACUCCUCCUAUCUGACCUCCCACCUGGCAGCGGACAGGCACGGGGGCUCAGUGCAGGUGGUCAGCUCCACCAACGGGGAGCUGAACGCAGAUGACCAGCUGGCUGUUCACUCCAACGCGCCGAUCACAGCUCAGGCAGAGGUGGAAGUGGUGGACGAGGCCAACUGCGUGAAAAUGCUCAACCUGUGGUGCUGCUGUUUCUUCAAGCGAAAACGGAAGAAGAACACGCCACGACACAAAUGAGUUGCCCGGAGGCUUGAAACGCUACAAGUGUCCGCCUCAGCUGUGAAGACAGAGACAGCUUCUGUGGACGGCCGAAAAAACUACUCUCAUGACCUACAACACGAUCGUCUGUUUCAGUGGGAGUGAAAAAAAAAUUAUUUUAGGUUUUUUUUUUUUUUUUUUUUUUUAUAAACUCUUUCCAAGUUACAUGGAAAUGUUUUGCCAGCUGUUUGUCUAAAUGGGGAUCCUUUUUUCUUUGAGUUUAGCAGAGGAAUAAUCUUCAUAAAACAGCUUUUGCCAGUUUUUUUUUUUUUUGUGCAAAGGAAGACUUUGGUCUUUCUGUGAAAACAAAUUCAUCCUUACUGUGACUCAUUCAGCCCUUUGUUUUACUUUUCUUUGUUCUUUUUUCUUUAAAAAAAAAAAUCCUAUUUUUAUUUUAUUUUAAUUUUUUUAUGCUAAAUCCCAGGUGAGAGCGGUCGUGACCUGGUUUUGAGUCAGAGCCCUGAUGACAUUCCUGACGGGGACUAAAUGUGUGCACGUGACUGCGUCAGCUGUGCACCUUUUCCUCUGAAGAGGUCACCUGUGAAGACCUGCACUAUGUCCUCUGAGGAGGAGGGCCGUCUGUCCCCGCUGCUCGGUUGAAGUGCUCGUCUUCACCGCACCGGCGUCACUACACACUACACCGCUACGCUUUAGACUUUCACGCAGCUUUUAGUCCUUACAGGGGCUGAAAUAUACUAUUUAUGCUAUUUAUCUCUUGGUUGCCGGCAGUUUUCUUACUAAUUCUAAUACACACACUGAAUGUACGGACAGAAACACAAACGACUGUGGAGCGUUUAUAUGUUCUGCGCAUGGGAAGCAGACUGCAGUACAAAAGCAAGACCAAUGUUUUUAAAAGGACACACAAGACCAAAAUCAGCGAGUCUGGAGUCCGACGCAGUCUGUUUAAAUCACGUGACGGACUUGACGUUCUACACUGGUGGAAACUGGAGGAAUUUUUGCUUCAGCGUGAUGAGAAGAGUUCAGCGCAGUGAUGGAGCUGAAGCCUCUCAAUGCCGCUGUCCAAUGCCUUAACCCCCAAACGAGCGCCACAUGACGUGAUUAAUGUGGCAGAAGCAUGAUGCACACGCCAGAUGUUUAGGGCUGCCUGUAUAAUCAAGCCUAAAGUUCCAUGACUGUUCCCAAAUAGUUCAGAGCAGUUAAUGACUUGUAAGACUGAUGAUGUAUCUGUAAGUGAGCAAAGCCAAACGCAAGGUUUGGUGUAUUAAUCUGUAAAGGUGUUUAAGAGCCGCGCUGCAAAGCCCCUCUGUCUGAUUUGGUCCACCUGACGGAGGCAUGACCCUGGAUGUUGGUAUCAUUUUUGUCAGAGAGGACAGCCUUGAUAUGUCACCUAGCCUCAACAGGUUUAGUUUGUUUUGUUUUUUGUUUUUUUUAUCUUGCUAAUGUGAAUUUGUUUUCUGUUCCACAUGGCCGUGGUUUAGAGGGAACCGAAAAGCUCAGCACCAUAACUGCACUACACAGGUUGACGUCCCCUCAGGAGAGCCUCCUUCGUACCUUCAUGUGCUCCUUACUUUAUAUUGUAGCGCCUCAUGUCCUUGGCCUUCCCUGUAGGGUGCAGGCAAUAUGUUUUUAAAGCCCCACCCACUCCUUGUGCUAUGACGUCCUUCCCUCUGCACGGACUAUGAUGCUGAGUCCUUGGUGGAUUUGGUGUGUUGCGGACCAUCUCGUUGAAUCAGUAUGUAAACUUGCUCAUGGUCUGUAUUUACACUGUAUGGGGUUAGUUUUUCCGGCCCCGUUGCUGGCGGUGGUCAUUCCGGGAUCUAACUUAUUGUUUUUGAAAGUACUUGAAGCUCAAACUCUACGGGACCUUUUGUUUUCCCCAUAACACACACAGGAUGUGAGGGGGAUUGCAGGAAAGAGGCUGUGUGAAUGGCAGGUAUUAAUUUACCCAAGACGUCUUGGCGUGAGAUUGUUAGACGGGGAAGUUGUGAUUCUGAGUUGUUUUGACAGGAAUGGUCGUCAAGUUGUCUGGUUUUCCAGAGGACCUUCAGUUCUGCGUGCUCGUUGGUUUUUCACUUUGAAGUGGAUUUAGAUCGUUGAUCAGUCUUUGGUGCGUUCCUUUGGACUUGGAUGUGGCGUCUGUAAGAGCCUGAGCUUCUGCCAUCUGCUGCCUCCUGAAAAACUCAGGCGAGAUCUGCUUUUCCGCCCGAUACGGUCAAAAGUAUUCCUGUGUCGUGAGAUGGAUAUCGCCACUCGAUAGCCAUCAAUGUUUCCUGGAACUCCCCAGUGCCAUUGCUGAGACUACUAGCCUUUACCUGUGCCAGGAAGAUAAGAAGAAUGUGUUGGAACGCCCCGUCCUCGCGGUGUCCAGCUUGAUUCAGUAGGAGGAAGCGCUGGAGUCUGACUGCUGACCAACACUGAUGUGCUCUGACUGCUCAGUUUUGCAGCUGCUUUUCCACACUGGGUUUUCUGGCUCUUCAGUUUGUGGUUGUUGAAGAUGUUGCUAUGAUGCUUUUCCGUCUUUUGGCUUCCUUCAGCCCAAUGAGUCCUCUGUAUGGACUCUGUGCACACGACCUAUCUGGAGCUGACCCUGCUGGGCUUGUACAGCUGCUCCCAACACGUUUUGUCUUGUUUAUAAUUUGACAUUUCACAGCAUCAUUUCCGCGCCUCUUUGAUGCUUUGCGUGUAUAAGCUGAGGAGGACGUGAGCGAUGAGGUCUUUGUUGGUUCUCUGGCACUUUUUUCUUGUUGCUGUACUGUAGAAUCCUCUUGGAUUUACUGUUUUUUUUUUUUCCUUUGAGACAGAUUUAAAGUGACAUUACUGCAAUAUUGUGCUGAUUAUUUGUAAAUUGUACAGUUUUUGUUCUUUUGUUGGGAUUACAUAUAAGAUGUAUCUCUUCCCCCCCCCCCCCCGACUGUGGAAAACUGUACAGCUCAAGAGUUUAUCCUUCUCAGUAACUUUUUUGAUUUAUGAGAGGAAUCUUAAACUGUAAAUAAAUAUUAUUGUAUUGAAAUAUGAAUGUCAGUUAAGAAAUUUUGAAUGAGUUGGUCAAGGGCUUCAAGAAUGAACCCACAUUUCUUUUUAUGUCCCCCCCCCCCCCCCUUUACGCUGCAGAACGACUAAGGUCCUUUUUAUCGGAGAUGACCCCACCCUGACUCAGAUUAAUAUACGAUGUGUCUCACACAAACAAAAUCUCUUUUUAUUCCCUCCACACCUACAGGGAAACUCCAGUUUGCACCCUUUUUUAAUGUAAAAUAAAAGAUCUCUCCACCUUA